CGUCUCAGUCUGUAGCGACAACGGCACCAGUUCAUAUCGUGAGCGCGCGCAAAUAACACGUAUAAAUAAAAAAAAUAAACGAACGAAACGGAACGGAACGUAAAAGUAACGCCAAAGUUGCAGCUUCUCCACAAAUUUCCAUAGCCCUCCUCCACCGUACCACCGUCCGCCCAACGAAUCUCAGGCAAAAUGAGCUGCGGAAUCUCCAUGGUUAAAUAUAUACUGUUUAUAUUCAAUUUGCUUUGUUCGAUUUGCGGAAUUUUGUUGAUCGUAUUUGGAGCCCUGCUGUUCAGCAACAUCCACAACAUCGAUGACUUCGCAGAGGCCCUGCGCACCCAGCAGGUGCCCAUCACAAUGAUUGUCCUUGGCACGGUUAUCCUGCUCAUCUCCUGGUUUGGCUGCUGCGGUGCCAUUCGCGAGUCCUACUGCAUGUCCAUGACGUACUCGAUUCUGCUGUUCGUUCUGAUGAUUGGCCAGCUGGCGCUGGUGAUCUACAUGUGGCUGCAGAAGGACAAGUAUCUGGUCAUUAUGGGCGAUGUCGUGGAGAAGGCAUGGGAGCGACGCACCCGUCGUGCCGACUACAUGGAUGCCAUACAGAUCAGCAUGGAGUGCUGUGGCCGCACUAACUUCUCGGACUAUUCCUUCCAAGGCUACUUCCCCCCCUCGUGCUGCAAGGAUACCAACAACUGUCGCCCGGACACUGUCUACCGACGCGGCUGCAAGGCGGCCUUUGUGGAGUUCUGGGACAGAAACAGCGACAUUAUCAAAUAUGCCGGUUUGGUUAUUGCCGCCAUUGAGUUUGUGGGCUUCGUGUUUGCCUGCUGUCUGGCGAAUAGCAUUCGGAACUAUCGUCGUCGCGCGGACUAUUAAAGUGCUGGGACAGGAAAGCCUUACUAAUUUUAAUUGAAACCGAAAGUACGAAUUAUGUUGCCCAAUUUUAUAUACAAACAUACAUACAUACAUACAUAUAUACGAGUGUAUCGAUAUAAAUCACCUGACACAGAUGGCCAUUGAAAUUUACAUAUUCUCAAGUUAUACGAAGAAGGAAAUGAAAUCCCCCAAGAAUAUCUCGGUAUAAUCGCUUUUUUCAAAGAUUGUAUUGAAGUGCUAAUAUUUUUUACUGUACAAAUAAUUUAUGUAUACACCAGACCAGAACGAUUGCAAUAAACUGAGAAAUUUUA